GGGAGAGAGUGCAGCGGAGCGGAGGCUGCUGUGUUUUCAGGCUGCGCUGUCACAAGCGGAGCAGUCGCCGGAGCCAACAGUCGCUGCAUCGCUGCUGCCUUUCUGCAUCUUUUUUUUUCUGCUCUCGUCUCCCUGAAGAAACUACCGUCCUCCCUUCUGCUCUCCAGAAGCAAUCUUGUUAUUCACAAGGCUCGGGUGAAGGGGGACUGCUUGGCUUCCUGGGGGAUCCUUUGGCUGAUUGCUGAUUCUCACUCUGAACUAGAGGCGAGGGGAAGGAAGGGGUCUUGUUCGCUGCCACCGGGCAGCUGGGAAUUCCUCAAGGUGGGAAUUGGGAUUUAUUUCCUGGCAUCCUGACAGAUUCCCUCCAUUUUACAGAAAUCCUUGGACAUUUACUCCACUAUGUGUGCUGAAGCUGCUUGAUAAUGGGAAACAUGUGGGGAUUUGAGGUUUAAACCCCCGCACUGCAUGUUUGCAAGGCUCCGGUACUUCUCUGCAGAGAUCCAGACGCUGACAAAUUGCACCUUAAUCAAGACAUCCAUCAGGUGCACCCCUGUGCUUCUUCCUUCUGGCAACCCCGCGCCGAAGUGAGUUAGCAGAAAUUUGUGCCGACAGCCGGGAGGACAGUGGAAGGGGGGGGUGUCUUUUGGUCGUUUGGGGACUGGGGGAGAAGAUGCCAGCCAUCCUGGUGGCCUCAAAGAUGAAGUCAGGACUCCCUAAACCCAAACCAGUCCACAGUGCCCUUCCCAUCCCCCAGGCCCCCAGCAGACCGUCAGCUUUAGCUCUGCCUUCAGCGCCUCUCAAGAACCAUAUCCCCUCGGCGGGCCAGCAGGUGUCCUCAAGACCCCCAAGAAAUGCUCCGGAGUCGGAGGCAGCUGGAAACCCUCAGAUCUACACGGACUGGGCCAACCAUUACCUUGCCAAGUCGGGACACAAGCGUCUCAUCAAGGACCUCCAAACGGACGUGACAGAUGGAGUGCUGCUGGCGGAGAUCAUACAGGUUGUGGCCAACGAGAAGAUUGAUGAUAUCAAUGGUUGUCCCAAGAGCCGUUCUCAGAUGAUUGAGAACAUAGAUGCUUGUCUGAGUUUCCUGGCAGCCAAAGGAGUCAACAUCCAGGGUCUGUCUGCAGAAGAGAUCCGGAAUGGGAAUCUGAAAGCCAUCCUCGGCCUCUUCUUCAGCUUGUCCCGCUACAAACAGCAGCAGCAGCAGGCUCAGCGGCAGAACUCCCAGCCCAGCGUCCCGCCGACGGGACAGAACCAGAACACGCACUCUUCCCUGAGCCAGCAGAGCAGCGCUCCGGCCCAGCUCAGCCACUCUCCGCAUGGGACUCCCGCCCUCACAGCGCAGAAAGCAGCACAGGCCGAGAUGCAGUCCAGGGAUGCUUGUCAGAGUAAACUUCUCAAGUUUUCCAUUGGUCAGAAAAAGAGCUCUAGACUUCCUGGCCCGUCAACAAGGGUGUCCACUGCUGGCAGUGACAUCCCUCUCAGAGGCUCGGUCGGCGCCGCUGGGAACAGGCGCAGCCAGGGCUGCAGUGACAAGACCAAAGCAAGCUUGCAUCUGAACAAAGAUUCCUUGGAGGGCACGACCUCACAGCCUUCUGUGAUGCCUGAGCAUGCCCCAUCACCUGCAGUGACCGUCGGCUCCUCCACCAGCGCCCCAUCUGCUACCUCCCACCUGGUUCCUCCCUCGUCCUCAUCCUCCCCUUCGACUGCCAUCCCCCAGCCCAACGGCAGCAGCAAGCCCUGGAGGAGCAAGUCAGCGGGCACCAAGCACGCCUCCCAGGCCUUGUCGCCCACUAGCAACCCGGCAUCUGCAAUGCAGUCCAACAAGCAAGAGAAGGACGCAUCCUCCAAGGCUGUUGCAGCAGCUGAGGCUCCUCCCAAAGCUGUCGCUCAGAAGUCGAUGCUUGAGAAGCUCAAGCUCUUUAACAGCAAAGGAGGAUCUAAGGCUUCUUCUGCCAACGCGGCAGGGCCCCAGCCGGACAGCGCCGCCCCAGCCAGGCCGGCCGGAGCGACACACGUGGAGAGAUCGGAAACCGGCUCAAACACGGACCCUCUAGAGGAAGAAGAUGGCAACCUCCGACCCGGAGUCAAUGGAACCAGCAUUGGGACGGCAGCGCCCGCCACGGUCUCAACGACCGCCAGCAGCCCCAAGAUCGCUCUAAGGGGCAUUGCCCAACGCACCUUCAGCAGAGCUUUGACUGCCAAGAAGGGUUCUGUGAAAGGCCUGGAGAAGGACAAAGAGAAAGGCAAGGAGAAGGGGAAGGAAUUGGGAAAACGCCUCCCCGAUCGAACGGAGCUGCGGGGGGAGGAGCCCAAGGAGGAAGUGGCAGCCGUCACUGCAGAUCUCGAGGGCUCCAACAAGAAGACCUCCAAAAUAGCUAGUUUCAUUCCCAAGGGGGGGAAAGUAGCCAAAAAAGAAAGUUCCACCCCAGCACAUAGCGGAAUACCAAAGCCAGGAGGCAAAGCCCCGGGAGCCGGGGGCAAAGCUUCCUCAGUGAAGGAGACGGGGGAGAGGCCUCGGAGCAUGCGGCUAGGGGGAGGUGGGCUCGUCAUGCACCGUGGACCCCUGGAGAGGGACAGAGACAGCAGACACUCCAGCUCUACCUCCAGCCUGGCCUCCACAGAAGGAAAGCCCAGCGCCGCCCCUGUGGCGGGUUUAGGCACUACGCAGAGCACAGCCAGCAACACUGUCAGCGUGCAGCUACCUCAGACUCAACAACUACACAGCCACCCAAACACAGCUACUGUCGCACCUUUCAUGUACAGAACCCAAUCAGAGGGCGAGGAGAGCGGUUCAGUGGGAAGAGGUGGAGACGUUUCCUGCACAAAGACCAGCCAGACCUCCAUCGAGGACCUUUCAGGUGAAGACCCGGAGACGAGACGGCUGCGUACCGUCAAGAACAUCGCAGACCUACGGCAGAACCUGGAGGAGACCAUGUCCAGCCUGCGGGGAACUCAGGUCACUCACAGUACUCUGGAAACCACCUUUGACGGCAGCGUCACAACAGACAUCAGCAGCGGUGGCGGCGGAUCCUCCAGCAACAAUGGCGGCGGGAGCGGUCGAAGCAUCCUCAGCAUCACUUCGGCACGCUCCUCGCUGUCGCCAUGGCGACUGGGCCAGUCCAGCCCUCGUCUGCAGGCGGGCGAUGCCCCUUCCGUGGGAAACGGCUACGGCGGCCGGCCGGCCGGCAGCGGGCAGGGUGGGCGCUACCUGUACCCCGGGCACCUGCGCAGACAGCUGGCCGGCAGGGGAGGAGCUCUCUGCAGCGUGGACCUCGGGGACAGAGCCGCAGAGGACAUGGAGCUGGACGGCACCGCCGUGGAGGUCACCGGGUACAUGAGCGACGGAGACGUGCUGAGCAAGAACGUUGUGCGCACUGAUGACGUCACCAGUGGCUACAUGACUGAUGGAGGUUUGGGGCUCUACACGCGGCGCCUGAACCGACUGCCCGACAGCAUGGCCGCCGUUCGGGAGACGCUCCAUCGCAAUACGUCGUCGGGACAAGGAGACGCUGAUAGCUGGGAUGACAGCAGCUCGGUGAGCAGUGGCAUCAGUGACAACAUCGACACAGAUGACAUCAACACCAGUUCCUCCAUCUCGUCCUACGCCAACACACCCGCAGCACAGCGCAAAGGCCUCAGCACAAAGCCUGUGACGGAUGCAGAGAAGCACUCUGCCUCCACAGCCGUUCACCAAGCCUGGGCCGGAGACGAGGCGAAGAGGCCAGAGGGCGGGCCGGACGCCGGCGGCAGGAUGGAUGCUGGGUCCAAGUGGAGUCGCAGAAACUGCGACGCCUCCGACGAGUCCGACAAGGGCUGCUCGGGGAGGAAGACGACCUCCGUGUCCAACACCGGCUCCUGGAGAAGAGGCAUGACCACUCAGGUGGGGAUAACGUCACCCCGGACAAAAAGCACCAGCAGCUCAGGCUCCACAGUGUCAGUCGGCCUGAAGAGCCACAGUUCAGGUAAAACCGACGAUGUGAAGGUGUCAGAGAAAGGACGUCUCUCCCCUCGCUCUAACGGCCUUCAGCGCUCGCCGUCAGACGCGGGGCGCAGCAGCGGCGACGAGGCCAAAAAGCAGUCGGCCCCCAGCAGCCGCACGACGUCCGCCGCCGCAAACCCCCUCACGCACACCCUCUCGGACCCGCAGUCCCACGCGCACAUGCUGUCCGCCCGCACCCCGACCAGCACCUUCGGCUUCAAGAAGCAAGGCUCCGGCAUGGUGACCAUGGUGACGGCGAGCGGCGCCACCAUCACCAGCGGAUCGGCCACCUUGGGGAAGAUGCCUAAAUCCGGGGCGCGCUCUCUGUCGGGAGGCUUGAAAUGCGGCGGGCAGGACGGCGGCGGCGGCGGCUCUGCGUUGGGUCACCACGACGACGGCUUCCUCCCCAUGAGCGCCCGCUCCACCCUGCAGUACCGCAGCCUGCCGAGGCCGAGUCGCUCGGGGGCGGCCGCCCGCAACGGCAACCGCUCGUCCACCAGCAGCAUCGAGGCCGCCGUGCUCUCCGUCACGUCCCACGGCAAGAACGCCUUCGCCGCCGCCAAGGCCAACAACGCGGCCGGCCUGCUGGCCAAUCAGACGGACCGGGAGAAGGGCGUCUCUGAGGUGGACAACCUAAGGAGCGGAGGCGGCGGAGGAGGAGGAGGAGGGCCGACGGGACGGCAGCAGGUUUCCUCACCCACACUGCGCAGGUUAUUUGGUGGUAAGGCCAGUAAACAAGCUCCAGUUACCACCGCUGAAAACCUGAAGAACUCCACCAUCAUCUCCAAUCCCCACGCCACCAUGAACCAUGUCCCUACGGUGCUGGAGUCCCCUGACGGCGUGCUGGGAGGCGGGGAGAGUGAGACCAGCAGCCCCCUGUUUGGAGGCAGGGCGCUGGGGUCAGGAACCGGGACUCUGGGCAGUGAGCAGGCCUCCAGCCCGGGAUCCAUCUAUUCGUCAACCGGCCCCUCCAACAGCCUGACAUGGGGAACCACCUUCAGCGGCUCCUCUGUCCCGAGCAGGGAGGGCACUCUGGGCGGACACGGCGGGGCGGGCAGCGUGGGCUUUCCCUCCGUCAGCAGCAUGCACACCAGCAGCGAGUCCAUCGACAUGAGCCUGAGCAGCGCCGGAGGAGGCGGCGGAGGACACGGGACCCACAGGGAGGACACGCUGUCCGCUCUGGGCCGCGCCGGCAGCGUCAAGACCGGCAUGUCUGAGAGUCCCCUCUCCUCGCCCUCCGCUAGCCCCAUAUUCAGCCGAAACACGCUACCUCGGAGGCAGGACAGAGGGCCACAUUGUGGUAGAAACACUCUGCCUAAGAAGGGAUUCAGGUACGGUCCGUCAUCGCAGCUGCGAGGUCACGAGGACCGCGAUUGGCUGCGCUCCCACUCCACCAGCGGGCUGCAGGACUCUGCCAGUAACUCGCCGUUCUCUCCCGGCUCCAGCCUCACCUCUCCCUCCGGGACUCGCUUCAACUUUGGACAGCUGGCGUCCAGCCCGACCUCUGCAGGUCAGAUCAACCUCGCCGGUGUGCGCAACAACAGCCUGACCAACCAGGACGCCCCCUUUGACCCGUGCGGCGACAAUCGGCUGAGGAACUCCUGCAUGUCGCUGGACGAGAAGACUCGCACCAUGAGCCGAUCGGGGUCUUUCAGGGACGGCUUUGAAGAAGUUCAUGGGUCAUCGCUGUCUUUGGUCUCCAGCACCUCUUCCAUCUACUCUACGAACGAGGAGAAGUCUCAGUCGGAGAUCCGAAAGCUGCGGCGGGAGCUGGACGCCUCCCAGGAAAAGGUUUCCGCCCUCACAACACAGCUGAGCGCUAAUGCUCACCUGGUGGCGGCGUUUGAACAGAGUCUGGGCAACAUGACCAUCAGGCUGAAGAGUCUGACUCUGACUGCAGAGCAGAAGGACUCUGAGCUGAAUGAGCUGAGGAAGACCAUCGAGCUGCUGAAGAAGCAGAAUGCCGUCGCUCAGGCUGCCAUUAACGGAGUCAUCAACACACCCGAACUUGUGCCCAAAGGAGAUCGGACAGCCGGGAGCAACGGGACUCUGCAGCAGCAGAAUCAGCAGCCGGACCUGCGCAUCAGACGCCAGCACUCCUCGGACAGCGUCAGCAGCGUGGCCAGCGCCACCAGCCACUCCAGCGUGGGCUCCAACAUGGAUGCGGAUGCAAAGAACAAGAAGAAGAACAAAAAGAACUGGCCGUCUUUUUCUGGGGAUAAGGCACUUUUGUGCACCGGCGGACAAGUCCAGGAGGAUGAUGUCUACGAGCUGCGAAGCUCCUUCAAACAAGCGUUCACCAAGAAGAAGUCUCCCAAAUCCGCCUCGUCUCAUUCAGACAUUGAAGAGAUGAUGGACUCGUCCUUGCCGUCCUCCCCCAAACUGCCUCACAACGGCACUUCAGCCGCCAGCCACAUCCUCAGGAACACGCACUCCAACACGCUACUGUCGGAGUGUUUGGACAGCGAGGCCGAGACGGUGAUGCAGCUGCGGAGCGAACUCAGGGAAAAGGAGAUGAAGCUGACGGACAUCCGCCUGGAAGCUCUCAGUUCUGCGCAUCAGCUGGACCAGCUGCGGGAGGCCAUGAACCGCAUGCAGCUGGAGAUCGAGAAGCUGAAGGCGGAGAACGAUCGUCUGAAGCUGGAGAGCCAGGGGAGCAGGACAGGGUCCCAGGCGUCCAUCUCGUCCUCUCCUCCUCCUCACACACAAAGCCAGACCCCAGGAAGCGGUCCAGGCCUGCCUCAGCACAGCCUCAGCCUUCCCAGCAGCGAGUCUACCAGCCUGGAUAUGCUGCUGGACGACACGGGUGGAGACGGAGGGAUGAGGAAGGAGGGCCGACACGUGAAGGUUGUGGUCAGCCUGGACGAAGAACUCAAGUGGGGGGAGGAGGGCCAAUGUCGGCACUUUCUGAUUGGUUGCAUCGGUGUGAGCGGCAAAACGAAGUGGGACGUCUUGGAUGGAGUGGUCCGCCGCCUCUUUAAGGAGUACAUUACCCACGUGGACCCGGUGAGCCAGCUGGGCCUGAGCACAGACAGCGUGCAGGGUUACAACAUCGGGGAAAUCCAUCGGCCCAGCAGCUCCAGCGCGGCCAGCACGCCGGAGCUGCUGCCCUGCGGCUACCUGGUGGGAGACAACACCAUCAACAUCCAGCUCAGAGGUCCGUGCAGCGACAACGUGGACUCGCUGGUGUUCGACACGCUGAUCCCGAAGCCCAUGCUGCAGCGCUACGUCUCCCUGCUGAGGGAGCACAGACGUGUCAUCCUGUCGGGACCGAGCGGGACAGGGAAGACCUACCUGGCCAAUCAGCUGGCCCGCCACCUGCUCCUGCUGGAGGGCCGACCUCUGGCCCCCAACGCUGUCGUCACUUUCAACGUGGACCACAAAUCCAGCAAGGAACUGCGUCAGUACCUGUCAGGAUUGGCACAGCAAUGCAGCAGCGUCUCUGGGGAAGAGAGCCCCCUGGUGGUUAUUCUGGACAACCUCCACCAUGUCAGCUCUCUGGGAGAGAUCUUUAACGGCCUCUUCAACUGCAACUACCAGCGCUGCCCUUACAUUAUCGGCACCAUGAGCCAAGCCACAUCGUCCGCCCCCAACCUGCAGCUUCACCACAACUUCAGGUGGAUCCUGUGCGCCAACCACACGGAGCCAGUGAAGGGAUUCCUCGGGCGAUACCUGAGGAGGAAGCUGAUAGAGGUGGAGAUUGGCAGCCGGACACGCAGCGCAGAGCUGGUGAAGAUCAUGGACUGGGUCCCGCGGGUUUGGCACCACCUGAACCGAUUCCUGGAGACUCACAGCUCCUCUGACGUCACCAUCGGACCGCGCCUCUUUCUGUCGUGCCCCAUGGAUGUGGAGGGAUCCAGGGUUUGGUUUACCGAUCUCUGGAAUUAUUCCAUCGUCCCCUACAUGCUAGAGGCGGUACGUGAAGGACUGCAGCUGUACGGCCGCAGGGCUGCGUGGGAGGACCCGGCUGCCUGGGUGAUGGACACAUACCCGUGGUCUUCAACUCCCCCUCCUGGUGACUGGCCCCCGCUGCUGCAGCUGCGCCCAGAGGACGUGGGCUUCGACGGCUACUCCGCGCCUAGAGAAGGGGUUCGGAAAGAGCCGCCACAGAGCGACAGCGACGCCGAUCCACUGAUGAACAUGCUGAUGCGCCUGAAGGAAGCGGCGACGUCAUCGAGCCCUCAGAGCUACGACAGCGACUCCAACAGCAACAGUCACCAGGACGACAUCCUGGACUCGUCGCUGGAGUCCACCUUAUGACGUCGCCAGAACGCCACGCCUUGAAUAUUUUCAAUCUGUUCUCAUUGCGAGAACCUCCUGAGUAAACUUCAUGGCACAAAAUGCAGCCAACGUCCAUUUGGGUGCCGGUAACCCAAGUGUUAGAAGAAAGUUAACUGCGUUUUAGGAAAAGACAAGUUUCUGCAGCACUGCCGUGACGUUUUUUUCUUUUUAUUCUUCUUCACCGCUGUGGCCCUUGGUUCCUCUGUCAGGAGUCUGAUGUCUGCUUCAGCAGAAGGUAGAAGCACACAGCCUGUCCCUGUUGGUGCGGCAUCUCUAUUGCCAUCGUCGUCAUGAGUCAACAGUUUACUUUAACACCAGCCAAGUGUUUCACAUCCUCCACCGUGUUGCAGUGCGCCUGACCUGCCUGCAGAUGGCGACUGUAGCCAUGCUCUCCUCCGCCUGAACCACCAGUCACUUCAUCUCUGCAGCUCCAGUAAUCAGAGCGGCUGCUGUGGGACAAAUCCAACCAGAGUGAAUAAUCAGCAGGAACCUGAUUCAGCUUCAAAAUUCAUUACUUUUCUUCUUAAACUUAACAAAUUAACAAUAUCAAAGACAGAAAAAUCUCCUCUUUAUGCUCAAAGUUUGUUUUUUAGGUUUUUUUCCUGCAUAAUCAGAUAAAUAUACUGCAUCAAAACUCCAAGUUACUAACCUUUGGGUAUUUUUACUCGUCCUUUGCAUUAAUUACCAGGAGAUAAUUGUUUUGAGUUGGUCCUUAGAACUAGAUGUACUGAAUACUCAGACCACAUUUAAUCCUAAACCUCUGUUUCACCUGGUAAAUUACCCAGCCUGCUAGUUUAAGCUUCAUUGGCUUUCUGCAGGGGGUUUAAUUAAAUAGUGUCAUUUUUUUAAAGAUAGUGAAAUGACCUGAGUGUAUUCAAGUAGCAACUACAGUUGGCGUUGCUUGUGUUUGUCUAAAACUUUGAGAGAAAUAGGCUCAGUGCUUGAUUUCUUAUCUCCUUCCCUGUUUUAAUGAUGAAAUACAGAGACAUGAAUGGCCUAAAAGAAGAUGGAAUUAGAUUUUAGUGUUGUUUUUUUUUUGCACCAGGUUAACAAAAACAUUUGUGAUUUCAGGAUUUUAUUUAUUUACAUUUCUCCAGCUGAAUACUUUUCAGAUUAUCCAUAAAAGCUCCAAAUGAUCUGAUUUAAGGAUUGGUACAAUGGACUAGUCUGAAAUGAAUAACCUUUUUAGUUUUUGUGACAAUUGGCCUUGCCUAGACUUGCUGAUGUCAUUCUUUGGUUUACUUUGAGUGAUCUGUUUCUGUCUUUGGGUUAAAGAUGGAGAAUUACAGAAAAAUGCUCAUACAGAAUUAUAUAUGUCAGUGUCGACCAUGCCAAAUGGUUGUUUAAAAAUAAUCAAAUAUGUAGAAAUAAAGUUUGGGAUCUUUAAAAAUGUUUAAACUAUGUAAAGGAGGUCAGAAAUACUUUAAACUACAUUAUAUUUAGUUUUAUGAUCUAAUUAACCAACUCUUUACUAUACAAGAUAAUCUGUAGUAAUGAUUCACUCAUAAUUAAGCCGCCUAAUAAACAAAAAAAAAAAUUUGAUUUUCGUAACAUUUUUACAACUACCUUUCUUUAAACAAAAAUCUUUAAAAGUUGCACUGAUAUGUACAUUUUUAAGAAUAUUUGACCGAACAUUAAUUUGACAAAAAUUCAGGAUCAGCUUUGUUGGCCAAGAGUUUGUGCACAAACAAAGAAAUUUAACUUUGGUUUCAAGAGCUCACAACGAGCAGCCAUUAAGCGUUAAUACAGAAACCUUAGAGAACUUCAAAGGAGGUUUCUGUAAUACUCACAGGAGAGGGUGGAAAAGCUUUCACUGUGUUUUUUUCUUUAAAGUAGGUCAGCACAUUGCAAGAUUCUCACAACCAACGUCCUCACUUAGAGCCAAGAAGUUUGGUUCUAAUGUGGUUCCUAAAAAAAAAAAAAAUGGAGCAGAAAGUUUGUCAGAGACACUUUUAAAGGCAGACUGAAACAAAUCUUAAACAGAAUCAACAUAAAGUUAAAACCAGAAAGGAACGGAGGCCGACUGGAAUUCACUUUGGAGAGAUUUGUCCCUGAGAUGUUGUUGGCUGAGAAGAUCUGCCCCUGUGGCAUGAUUUCCUGUCUAAUUCAUCACUUCUACAGUUUUUUUUUUUUUUUUUGACCCCUUAAGUCCUCUGAUCUCUCCAUGCACAUUUGGCCCAUGCAGGCUUUUGUAGCACAAAUCUCCUUUUGGUGCUGGACUGAGCUCCAACAGACAAUGCCUUACUCUUUACUACCAGACUACGUGCAUUAGCUGAUUAUUUGUCUAAAUGGCUGUAAACCUAACAGGGCUCCGAGUCGAGCUCUCCUCGAGUGGCUGCCGUUAUCGAGGAGCGCCGUCGACCUGUCAUAUCAAUCACCGUUGCCGUGGGGUUGAAGAGAUGUGAAUGAGAAGCAAUGCUUUCGGGUUAAAGAUCUAUUUUGUGUUUGUUGCUCCUUUUGCAUGAGUGAGAUGUUAAGAUUGUAAAUAUGAACCGGAAGAAAAAAGAAGUUUCAGUGUGUUUUGGUGCUUGAAAUCAACCUGUUGGCGACUGGUUGAGGCUAGUAAAAGAAGACUUGUUAAUUUUAUACCUCAUGUCCCAUCCUUUAACUGUGUUUUCUUUUUUUUUUUCCAGGGUUUCGUUCAGAUUAUGUGAACAAAACUGAGACAUGUUGAGCUAAUUAACUGAGAUCUAGUUUCAAAGCUGCUUUGUUUAUAUAAAAAAUAUAUAGUUAAGAGGUUAGUAAUAUAAAAGGUACAUGUAAAAAAUGAUUAAAAGGGGUUUGGCAUGUCUUUAACUUUAAAACCUUUUUUUUCUUGAACCUCCAAGCCUGCCUUCAGGGAGGUUUAAAGCCAGAGAAAUAAAGUCCAUCCCUUUCAAUAUUCUACUCACCGAUCCUAUGCAACAUUCAUUCUAAUCUAGAAAUUAACAGUGAACAUACGUUUGUCCCCCAGCCUCCAGAUGUUUUGCAUUGCACCAGCUUGGUGGCCAGCAUUUUUUCCUCCUUGUGUUUGCCUAUUGCAUUAGUUUUACUCCACUGCUGCUGUUGCAAGCACAAAAAGUUCUGCGAGUCCGUGUAAAGCCUGCUCUGUUAGGUGUGAAUGUUGUUUGAAGCAUUUGACUGGUCCAUCAGUUCAUUACUCACAAACCCAAUGAAUGUUUAGAUUUCAUAGCCGUGUACAUUUUUUAUAUGUAAGAUAACUUUGUACAUAGCUGUUUAUCUGCAGCGUUUUGAUUACUUUUUUUAGCCGAUUUGGUAAAAUACUUGAAAAUUGGUAUUUUGUGUACAGUCUCUUUUUGUCAGAGCAGAUUGGUGCAGUUUGUCAUCACUUGUUUGUCCAGGACUCAGAAUUGAAACUGAUAUCACUGUACUAGUCUUAAGUUAUUGUGAUUCAAUAAAUUUAUUAAUUUAUAAUUGA